AAAGUAAAGAUGGACGGAUUGUGCGCCUCCUGUUCUUCGCUCCUUCUUCUUGGUGAGGGAAAUUUCUCUUUUGCAAGAUCUUUGAGUCAGAAACUCUCAGAUGAAAGUCGGAAUGUCAACAUAACUGCAACAUCGUUUGAGAUCGAGGAAGCUGUUGUAAAGAGGAAUAAUGGCAGGCAGAACAUAGAUGCUCUGAAACAAAAUGGUGUGACUUGUUUGUUUGGUGUCGAUGCAACGAAACUUCACAACAAUACAUUAUUGGAGGGAAAAGAGUUCCAAGGGAUCAUCUUCAACUUUCCUCACAUUCCUGGAAAGGCAAACAUUGCUAAGAACAGGGAUCUACUCAGAAGUUUCUUCAAAAGCGGUGCACAGAAGUUGAGUCCAGCUGGUGAGAUUCUGUUGACUCUUUGCAACGGCCAGGGAGGCACCCCAGCAGACGACCCUCAAAGAGAACCGCAGAAUUCAUGGCAGAUUGUUGCCAUGGCGACUUAUGGUGACCUCAUCUUGACCCAGACUGUUCCAUUCAGAGCAGGGGAGUACCAGGAGUAUGAUUCUACAGGCUACAAAGGUCAAGACAAGGGCUUUCUAACUGAAGGAGCUAUCACUCAUGUAUUUGAGAAAAGUCCAUCGCUUCAAGAUCGUCUCCUUUUGACUGAGACAUUGUCAACAAUCGUAGAUGGACAAACCGUUGACUUCCAGUGCCCAGGAGACUUAAAGAUAUUCAUGACAAGAAAUCUCCUCUCUGACUUGAACCAUCCUCUUAACCUCCUGAAGACCAGGAUAACCUCAACCAUUCAGAUGACAUUCCCUCAAACAAAGACUCUUCAAGAAGAUGAAUAUGCCAAGGUUUGUCAUGGCAACCAGAACAACUGUCCUGGAGUCUACACUUUACAUAAAUCAUUGAAUAUUCAUGAAGCUACCAUUCUGAGACCACACCUCCUUUGUGAUUUAGACACCUUGAUUGACAGUUAUGCAAAUGAGGGAUGUGUCGUUGCUGGAAAACAAUUUCACAGAUGUGUCUUAUCUUCUACAACGUUUCCCAUCACGCACCAGUUACUACUCACUGUACCACGGGACGCAAAUGAUGCAUCUUGGGAAAAGACGGUUUCUAAACUUUUAGAGGGUACGGGUCUUCAUGGCAACAGAUCAAAAUUGAGCUUUUCGCGAGUAGAUGUAAAGAAUGGAUCUUUAGUUGGUAAUGCAUCAGCGGAUUCAAGAAAUUCACUGAAGCGAAACCACAGUGAGAGCGAACAUUCUUGCAAGAUGCCAAGUGAAGUAACUGAAGAAACGAGUCACCUUGAUCAAUGUGUUGUUUGCUUGCAAGGAAGAGUCAGCAAUAUGAGUAUCAUAAAGCUCACAGACAGCUGUGGAAACCAGACUACUGUAGGUGUGUGCGGCAAAGGGGCUUCAAACAAUGACAUCAUGCUUCUAUUUUUAGACCAUCUCAUUAUGCAUCUCUUGCAUAUUGAUGACAUUCGGUUGCUGUGGUCAACCGACAUGCGCUUGUGGGAGGAGUUUAAAAGAACACACCCCCUGAAAGAAAUUGACAACCCUACUGGGAUGUUUGAUAGUGUACCAUUCCAGCCUAGGAGUAGACACCCUCCAUUAUACAUUAGGGAUGUGAGUUUCUGGUGUCCAACAGAGGGUGAGUUUGAUGAGCUUAAAUUCAUGUCAGUACUCCGUCAGGCGAGCGGUUUUUUAAUCCAUCGAGUCACAUUGAGAGGUGUUUAUCGGGAUGAGGUCAAAGGUGAUCUGAGUAGGUGUUAUCGGAUUGAGUAUCUCUCAUGCGAUCAGGCUUUGAGUAAAGAGAAACUCGCUACUAUUCACCCACAAGUUCUAGAACUCAUUCGGUUGGAGUUGGGACUGAAUGCCCGAUAAGAAUACACUAAAUUUAAAGGUAUGAGCAAGUUCAGGUGGCAACUAGACCGAUUAGACUAAAGCACAGGUAGAUUGACUAUAUGGAACCAUUUACUGGAGCAUGGUCAAAGGUCAAUUCGAGAGCUACCUCAUAGUUUCAAUCCAGUCUCUCACCUGAAUAAACAGGAUUGGUGUGGAUAAAAAACAUUGUAUAUUUUUAGACUGAAAGCUUACUGAUUAUGAAGUACAUACUACAACUCUUUUUUACUGUGAAAUAUUCCCCGGUGAAAUGAAGUCAUAUUCCUGAAAAUUGUUACGGAAAAUCUUUAGAAAUGCAACAGCUGAUUUCGGUUGUUGCAACCAAACUUGGGUAUGGUUUUUCACUAUAUUCUUUGAGUUAGUGUCCACUGCCUUUAAUGAGUUUCUGAAAAUAGAGUUUGCACAACUGGUACUUUACAGAAACAGCGUGGAAAAAAGCUGCUACUCUUCAACAUGUUUUGUAGUUUUUAUAUGUGAUUAAUUUAAUACAGUGUAAAAACAUUUUUACAAUAGAUUACAAUGUUUAUGUAUAGUAACAGUUAUUCAAAAUUGACAAAAAAUACAUUAAUUAAUAUAAAUUGAUACAAUAAAAAUGAUCUAUACUACUGUGCUACAAUGUUUUUGGGUGAGAUGUACUCACAAUGCCACUUUGAACAAUUUGUAAAAUUAGACAUAAGGGCCACGGCAAGAUUUUCUUGAUAUUAAUUUUUAAACUUUUCAACAAAGUGUAUAGUACUAAAUACAUAAAUCAUGACUAUCCACAAUUACAAAUGGCCCUUAGAAGCCCAAAAAAAGAUGUUUGAUGCGUGAAAAUAUAAAAAAACUUGCAUUUGUGCAUUUGCCAGUGACAAAAAUUGCAUGCAAUCUAAAAACAUGAAGGCACAUGUUAAAUUUUAUAGAGCUGGUGAAAUGAAAAACAAGUUAUCUGGGAGUGAUUUUAGAUUUUGGUCAAACACCAAUACUGAUACAAUGAAAAGGGGAGUUAUGCCUUGGAUAAAACUCUUAAUGAUUUUGUUUUAAUGUUGAUUCACCGUUGUUUCGAAAUUCUCCACUUUUAUAGAAUAUCUUGGAAUGUUUUUUGUACAACAUACUGUGGAUGCAUUGAGAAAGUUUACAUAAAAUGUACACACAUAGAUACAUUAUUUAUCAUAAUCAAUGUAAUAACCUCAUGGAGGUUGGACAUUCAACAACUGAUCCCAAACAAUAAUAUUUUAGAAAUUAAUAAACAAAAUCUCAAAUAAAUUUGAAUCUUUGAAGAUCACCUUUGUUUCAUUUUGGGUUUCGGUUGGAGGGGUGGUGGUCAGCGGUACCAAAGGCCCCCAUGGUUUGAAGCAUUACGCUUUAAAAUUCCAUUAACAAAAUUAUUCUACUGUCACAAAUUAAGGCACACACACAUUUUUUGACAAUAAUAAAAACUAUUCUAAAAUAGACA